UCCCAGAAAGCAUGUCCCGUUCUUUGAUCCACCUGCUAGUGCUGCUCCUGCCGAUCCUGGGCCACCUGGAGACGGUGUACAGCAACGAGAGUAUAACGUUCAACAAAUGCGGCGAGGGACUGUCCAAUUUAAUGAUUGAAUUGUGCAUCAAUGGAUUUCAUACGCACUUUAGCCACAAGCGCACCUCCCCUAUGACUGAUCUGAAUCUAUUCGAUUAUGUGGACAACAUGGUGGAUUCUAGGAGCGAGGAGGUGGCUGUCAUCAGACCCCAUCAUCCUCGGCUAAACUCUUUGAUGGCCACUCGUCGUCUUUCCCGGCUAAUUGCGGACGAAUGCUGCACCAAGAAGUGUACUCUCAGCGAAAUUAUGGCCUAUUGCCACUAAAUCAUUUGUUAUUAUAAUCAAAUAUACCAGUUUAUUGCAUUUAUAUUUCUAUGUAAAUAUAUAUACUCUAUACACUAAGAUAUGUAUUCAUAUUUGCUCAAG